AUGAUUCGCCGGAUAUUACCUGUGCUGUUGCUGUUAGCGCCACUAGCCCUCUGCGAAGAUAUUGAAGCCCUCUGUAAAGCCGGAUCCGCCUCCUGUGGCGACUGCAUCAAGCAACACCCAAGUUGUGGCUGGUGCCGAGACCCCCAUUCGAAACUCUCAUCAAGAUGCCAACUGAAGUCGAAAUUGACGCCGGAUGUCUGCCAUCAGCAAUAUGUAUACUCACCGGUUACGGAGAUGAAGGUUGAUCCCAGGGCAAUCGCCCUGCGGUCCAUCGAUCCUCGAUCGAACUCGCCAGUCCAAGUGUACCCCCAACAAGUUGAAGUGAAGAUUAAGGAAGGCGAGUCAAUGGACGUUCCCUUCAAAUUCCUGCACAAGGAGACGUCGGGCGGUGCCCAGAUCAAGGACUUCCAAAUUAUGACCUCCAACUUUUCCGGGACCGGCGUCCAAGUCGAUUUUGUGAUUGACUGCCAUGGCAAGAAAGUGAGCGCGAAGAAGUGCGAGAAGGUGCCGGAUGGAACUGAACUUUCCGUUAUCGCUAAGGUAAAACUGACGGCUUGCUCAAGCUCGACCGGCUCGAUCCCGAUCACUGUUGGAGCGUACGGUGCUCGAUCCAUUGGAGCUCUCUACGUCAGCCCGCUUUGCGGCUGCGAGUGCGAGCGGUUUAACCAGAUUGAAAAGAACUCCCCGCUGUGCUACAGCCACGGCAACCUCAUAUGCGGCAAGUGCGAGUGCCAAGAGGGCCGCGGGGGACACAAUUGUGAUUGCCCACUCUCGCUCUACAACGUCGAUUCGGAUGCCGAGCUGACCGACAAGUGCCGAGAAUACCCCGGCGCACCGGUCUGUGGCGGACAUGGCGAAUGCAAAUGCGGACAAUGUGUUUGCGAAAAUCCUACGACCACCGGCAAAUUCUGCUCGUGCGAGAAUGGCGUGUGCCCAAAGGGAGGUCCGACGAAUCAGACUUGCUUCGGGCAUGGCGUGUGCCAAUGCGGUGUCUGUCAAUGUGAGGAGGGAUGGACGAGGGAGGACUGCAGCUGCACCACUCAGACCGUCACUUGUAUCGAGGGGACUCGCCUCUGCUCUGACCACGGCAAAUGUGAAUGUGGGCGCUGUGUGUGCAACGACGGCUGGACCGGGGCAACGUGUGCGGCUGAAGAACCGACUGAGGGUCCCCGAAGCAAGCCCGGAGCGCCUGACCGAAUUCCGGAAGAGAAGCCGGAAGCCGCUGGAAGUGACAUGCACGAUCUUGACAAUGGAUUGGCACAGACUACGGCUGCCGCUCAAGACGAAGAAGACCCGGCCUUCGAUACCCCAGAAGCCCAAGAAGAACCGAAAGUCGCUUCUGCCGCCAUUUCCACUAUUUUCUUGGCUUUCACCGCCACUAUCUUGAGAUUUAUC